CGGAUGGUUCCGCCAUGCCUAUAUGCCGCAACUUGACUUUUCACCACAACCACCAUGCAUCCUUCUAUCCGUCUCUUCACUGAGCGAGUACAUACUCCUCUCAUCCGUUUCCUAGGAAAACGCAGCUGGCCUUCAAGUUCAGAAACUCCUCACGCACAUCCAUUUGCUCCUCCCGAAUUCCGGAAUAAAAACUACACACAAUUUUCUAAAGCACCUGAUCCAGCCUCUUCUACGCCGUUCCGCACGUCAUCAGAGUCGAAGAGUGCAAAUGUGUUCCAAGAGUUUUGGGAGGCGCCGGAAAGGCUUUGGAAACCUAGAGUGCACCACCUAGAAGAAGCCGAAAUUGACGCGAUAUUGAGUGGUGGUGCAUCUGUGCAGUCAUAGUUUUGUCGGUGACCCGGUUUCAGAGCAAGCGUUUGAGCCUUGACUUGUUUAUUUCUUAAUUUUCAAGGACGUUGCGUCCAAAAACAAACUUAAAGAGUCAAGAUUGUAGAAGCAUCAAUGACAUUAUUAC